GAGCAGUCAUUGUCGGUGAAGGACCAUGACAGUCCGGAGCGGCAGUAGGAAGUCUGUAACUCCAACCUUCACCUGCAGCUAAAACACCACAGAAAAAAAAAAAACGCGACGGAAACAUGCGAUCUGACAGAAAAUUCCGCGCCCGUGGUUCACUUGUGCCUUUGCAAACACCUUCAGGGAGUUCACAUGUUUCUGCGCGUCGACGAGGAGGCAAUGUUUAGGCGCAGACGACCGGCAGAGCCCCGCGGAGUUUGGAUGUGUGUUUCGUAGCCCGUCAGAUGAAAGAGGACACAUUAUUGAAUCAGGAGACACAGCGACACGGAGCACCGCGAAUGUAGUCUUCAGGGGAAAGCGAAACACUGUACCUACCGGUGUCUUCCUGCGGUCACUCUCCUCCUGUGUGUGUUUCGGGCUUUCUCACAGUGCUGUGUGGCUAAAGUAGGGGACGAUGCAGGUGAAGAAGCACCGGGACUCGGACCGGAGCGGCGGGGACAUGCUGGAAGCAGACGGCCUCCGCAAAAACUCCUCAUGCUUCUCAAAUAUCAAGAUAUUCUUGAUAUCGGAAUGCGCCCUCAUGUUGGCACAGGGCACCGUCGGAGCAUACCUGGUGAGUGUGCUGACCACCCUGGAGCGACGGUUCAACCUGCAAAGUGCUGACGUCGGAGUGAUAGCCAGCAGCUUUGAGAUAGGCAACCUGGCGCUGAUCCUGUUUGUCAGCUACUUUGGGGCCAAAGCACAUCGUCCCCGUCUGAUAGGCUGCGGGGGCAUCGUCAUGGCACUCGGCGCCCUUCUCUCAGCUCUCCCGGAGUUUUUAACAAAUCAGUAUGAGAUACGCGAAACGUGGAGGACUGACGUGGGUCGGGAUGAUUGCUCCAACACCAGCAGGGACGCCCAGGUGCCAGUGGACCCUGUGUGCGCCCACAAGCCCAACACCAACAUGAUGUACCUGCUGCUGAUCGGAGCUCAGGUCCUGCUGGGUAUCGGAGCCACGCCGGUACAGCCUCUAGGGGUGUCCUAUAUCGAUGAUCAUGUGAAGAAGAAAGACUCCUCACUCUAUAUAGGAAUCCUCUUCUCUACGCUGGUGUUUGGGCCUGCCUGUGGCUUCAUCCUUGGCUCCCUCUGCACUAAAUUCUAUGUGGACGCUAUCUUCAUUGACACAAGUAAGCUGGGCAUCACUCCAGAUGACCCGCGGUGGAUCGGGGCCUGGUGGGCAGGCUUCCUCCUGUGCGGUGCCUUACUCUUUUGCUCAGCUCUUUUGAUGUUUGGCUUCCCACAGUCACUGCCGACCAAGGAGAGAGAGGAGGGGGCAGACAGUGAGCAAGUUAUGCUUCCUCCCUCUCUGAAUGCAGACUAUGAGACUCCAAAGCCCAGCAAUGGGGUUGUGCACAACCACGAGGCUGCCAACAGCCCCACCUGCUGUCAGCAACUCAGGGUGAUCCCCAAGGUGACCAAGCACCUCCUGUCAAACCCAGUGUUCACCUGCAUCAUCCUGGCAGCCUGUAUGGAGAUCGCUGUAGUGGCCGGCUUUGCAGCCUUUCUGGGGAAGUACCUCGAGCAGCAGUUCAACCUCACAACCACAUCAGCAAACCAGCUGUUAGGUAUGACAGCUAUUCCGUGUGCAUGUCUGGGGAUCUUCAUGGGCGGGCUGCUGGUGAAGAAGCUGAACCUGUCGGCGCUGGGAGCUAUCCGCAUGGCCAUGUUGGUCAACCUGAUAUCCACUGCCUGCUACGUCUCCUUCCUCUUCCUGGGUUGUGACACGGGUCCCGUCGCAGGAGUGACGGUCACAUAUGGCAACGAGACGCUUCGAGUGGGUGAGAAACCAGAGGCUCAAUGCAUCAGUCACUGCAACUGCUUCACCUCCUCCAUCAGCCCUGUGUGCGGCUCCAACGGUGUCACCUACCUGUCCGCUUGCUUCGCCGGCUGCACCCGAACAGGAAGUGCUCAGACCACAUCGAAUAUCUCUCAGAACUUGACGGGAUGUACUUGUGUAUCCGCUGACACUGAAUCCGCCACAGCAGUUCCAGGGAAAUGUCCAACGCCGGGCUGCCAGGAGGCUUUUCUCAUCUUCCUGUGUGUGAUCUGUGCCUGCAGCCUGGUCGGAGCCAUGGCCCAGACUCCAUCUGUCAUCAUCCUAAUCAGGACCGUGAGCCCUGAACUGAAAUCAUACGCACUUGGAGUGUUGUUUCUUUUGCUACGACUUCUCGGAUUCAUCCCCCCUCCUCUGAUCUUUGGUGCUGGGAUCGACUCCACUUGCCUUUUCUGGAGUUCAGACUGCGGCAAUAAGGGUGCUUGCCUGCUGUACGACAACAUAGCUUACAGACAUCUGUACGUGAGCCUUGCCAUCAUCCUGAAGGGCAUCGCCUUCCUCCUCUACACCACCACAUGGUAUUGCUUACGCAGGAACUACAAGAAGUACAUCAAAGGUCACGAGGGCUACAUGACGCCGACUGAGUUUUACCCGUCUCUCACAGAAGGCCCCAAACUAGUUGACAGGACAAAGUUUAUAUAUAACCUAGAGGACCAUGAGUUUUGUGAAAAUAUGGAGUCAGUUUUAUAGUUCGUAAAGCAAGAAAAGGACUAAAGGACAAUGUGGACAUUCAUAUUCUCUCAAAGGAAUAAUAUUUUAUGAUUUUAUUCUUCUUUUCUCGAAAGGAUGAAACAAAAUGUUUUUGAUAAAGGCGAUCUAUUUAACAGCCCGUUCAGGUCAUAGGAGACGUUGCGCUCCACUUCGCUCCACGUUAAACUUUCGAAAGGGUCCAUUUUAGUUGUUUACGUUAUCAGCGAGGUGUUGUCCAGUGUUUGCCGGUGAAUUCCUGUGUUGACUUGGUGGUAGAAGACCUCUACAGUACUGUCUGGCUCAGUCCUAGUUGAUUAUUAGUGAGUGGACAUGAUGCUACUACAACUAUAGUUGCCAUAUUGUUUUAGGUCUGUCAUGAUCCCAGUGAUCUGUAUGACAAAAUGACAGUUUCCUUUCACUCAGUGCACUGUGUGUUCUGUCCGUCACUCUCAAAAAUGAGAUUCUUAUGAUUUAAAAAGAAAAAAAAAAAAAAAAGUUUGGGUGGUUCUUCAGUUAUUCAUAUUUAAAAGUUGCCAAGUGUUUACAAACUAAUAGUUCAUCACUUAAUGCAUUUUAUUUUGAUGCAGAAAGGUUUCUUAUUAAAAGAGAACAGAAACACUCUGACUGGGUUAUUAUAGUGGCCUAUUAGAUGUUUUAACUGUCAGAAAAUCAAGUUUAAUAACUUUAAAAAAAGAUAGUGUUCUCAUGUCAUCAUGCACUGUUCAGUUUCUUGUUCUCUUGCUGGAUGAUAGACACUGUUUUUGAUACUGCUUGGACUAGACUGUGAAGUCUUGUCUUAUAGGUGCAAAUGUGCAAUUCAUAUCUGAUACGUCCAUGUUUAUAACUAGUCUUGUGUCAGACUGCGGGUUGGUUUUUCAUUAUAACAGUUUGUUUCAUUUCCAUGUUUGUUUUUUACAUCUGCAGAGUUUAUUCAGCCUAAUAUGUCUUAAUAAGGGAUUAUUCAAUUAAGAAUGUUAAUUUAAUUUCUUUUGACUUUUGCACUUAGUGGAAGAGCAAAGACGAAAAUCAAGAUUAAUAUUUUUCAAGUAAAAAAGAUUAGGAGUAAUAUAUUUAUUUCGUUAGGCCCAGAAUGUUUUAUUAGAGUGUGUUUGAGAGGAAAGUUUAAAUUACAUAUAAUCUAAUUGUCUGAGAAGUGUGUGUCUGAGGUCACAAAAGAUUUGGGACAAUUCAUGGCAAUGAAAAUACUAUGUUACAUCAUUGGGAAAAAAAAA